AUGUUUGGGGAUCACAAUCUUGUCCUCAAGGAGGUAGAUACUCAGUUGGUGGAGCAUACGUUUAGUCGGAUCAAGAUUUUCCAAGGUCACGCUGUUGCCGUGAUAGACGAGCCCUUCGUUUCCAAAGCUGUCGAGAACUAUUUCACCACCAUCGAUCCCUACUUCGCGAGGGAAGUGCGGAAAUGUAUGCCGUCGGGACCAGACUUGGUUUUCUUCAUUCGGAUCGACGGUGCUCGGUUGGUCCCUGUCUUCGUUCAGAUGAAGCUGCGUCAAGGGUCGUCUAACUUCUCGGAGAAGGAUUGGAAUGACGCACUCAGCACAGUCUCGGCACUCAAAAUUGAGGGCUACGCAAUUUUUUUUCGCAAGUACUGCCCCGACAACGUCUACAUCAGCAUGAUCGUCGCAUACCCUACCAAAUGGACUGACAAGCUGCCAGCACCUUCAGAACUCCCAAAGGACCCCAGUGGUGUUCAGCAAGUCGUGAUCAACGUCAGCGAUGACAAUUUUGGCGAUUUCUUCCCCAAGGAGCAUGUAGAGUUUAUUGAUCGACUCAAGGAUGCUCGAAAGCCCUCUGCUGACGACGAAGACAGCAGCGAUGAGGACUGCCCCAAAAAGCAGAGGAGCUAA